UCCGUGCGAUUAGUGACUGAUGACAAAGAGAAGUUUUUGGACAGCGGAUUCUUUGUAUACUACUUAAAUUUCACCUGGUAUAAAGUGCACUCACACACUUAUAAAUGGGACUUCUUAUGUAUGGAGUAUGGCUUUGCUAAAAAAGAUAAACAUGAGAGGAGGAAUAAUAGGCACAGCACAAACGAUAUUCGACAGAAUCAAAUCUCCAGAACCAUUAACAGCUGCAGGCUCUCCAAUUCCGCCAGUUAAUAACACAGUCACUGAUAUCAAGGAGAUGCUGCCUACACUACACUACUUGCCUACUACAAGUUACCAUGAAAAAGGCACAGCACAAACGAUAUUCGACAGAAUCAAAUCUCCAGAAGCAUUAACAGCUGCAGGCUCUCCAAUUCCCCCAGUUAAUAACACAGUCACUGAUAUCAAGGAGAUGCUACCUACACUACACUACUUGCCUACUGCAAGUUACCAUGAAAAAGAUACUGUGGCUAUUUCAACUAGAGCAACUUUACUAGUGGUUUUAAUAUUAUUUAUAUUAUCAGUCCUGUUUUGGAAAAGGCAACAGAUAUUCGGAUAUAAGCAAGUACAACGAAUACAAGAUAUCGAAAUGACAAGUGAAAGCAAAGAAAUUGCUCUGAAUGGUCACCAGGAACAAAAAAGCAGUGUUUGAAAGCAAGAUGCCUGUGGUGGACUUUUUCUCUAAAUUCCAAUCAGAGGGCGCCCUAUUCAUACAGCCUAAUAUGAAUAAUGCAUAAAUCUGUCAACAGUAUAAAUUUUUAAUGUGAUAUGCAAAUAUUUGGUGAAAUAUGACAACAUAAUGCCCACGUACUGUAUGAUGGACAAAGCUUAAGAGAGGGUCUGGGAAUCUACUGGAAAAAUGAAAUUGGCAAUUUUGAUUAUCAAACCAUCCCAUCUUCCAAUGCAAAACUGGUUUCUUGAAAAAUUAGGCAAAAUCAAGUACAGUAUGAAUUAUGAAUGUAACAGAUAAAAAAUAACAUUCGUUUUAAAAUUGCAGAAACAUUUUGGGGAAAUUAAUUUACUUCAGUAUGUAUAAUUUUUUUGCUUAUAAGUGAAAAGGAAAUAAAAAACCAAAAUUGCAAUUUAGGAAUAUUUUGUUUGCAUAAAUAUAAGAUACUAACAAGUUUUUCGUGUUUGUAAGGAGAUAAAAAUAUGACCCAAGCUCACAAAAGGGCUGUAAACUCGUCCUCGGGCCAAAAUGAGUUUUUGUUAUAAUGGCAUAGAACAUAUUAUUUAUUUACUUUAAAAUGACAGUUAAAUGAACUCAAUCGGGUGUCUGGAAGCAAAGUUAUGACCGUUCUACGCCCUAUUGUGGCUAUGAAGGCUUGUUUCGCAAUACAGUGUGGUGAGAGUUUAUAGCCCUUCUGUGAGCUUGGGUCACAAAUUGUAUAAACAAGAAUAUUAAGGAUGUAUAGAAAAACUGAUAACAAGAGGUUUAAAUUUACAUGGUAUAUUUAGACACUAAGCCUAUUUAGUGUCUAACUAUUUGUAUAGAAUACAGGAGAGAACAUUUGAAAAAAAUAUUUAAGAUUUAUAAAAUUGAAUAUAAUAAAAGUGGAACAUCCCACAAAACUGGAAAAAAGAUUUGAUUGGCCAUUUAUUUUGCAUUUUGACGAGACUGUGCACUUCAACAAGUCAAUUAAAAAUUCCAAUACAAUUAAAUAUUCCAAUCAAUAAAUGUAUUAUUGUACCAAUAAUAAUAAUAUUUAUAUUAUAUAAUAAUCUAUUUCAUACGAUUGAUAAUAUGGCAUAAUUGAUGUUGGCUAACACUAAAUAUGUUUAAAAAAUACAAUACAGUAUAACUUUUUUGAUUCUAUACUUGGAAGACAUAGUUCUGAGGUCACUUCAGUAAGUUUAAAUAUUCUAAAAUAUACCUAAAAACAGUAUCGUAUUUUCCUCCUUCUAAGCCACUAGUUAUUCAGUUCAAUGUAAAAUCUACAUAAUUUUGUUAAUGCAAUAUACAAAAUAAACCAAACUCAAGAAAAUCUUCGCUACUGUAAUAAAACAAUAACCAAGAAACUUGCUCAAGAUUCCCUAUGGUACAAUUAGGUUUUUGGAGUGGUCUCAAAAAUCUUGCCUAAACACUGAAAAUAGUGGGU